AUGGACGACUCGGACCAGGAUUUUGCGGAAAUCUGCUCAAAGCUGCUGAAACGCGUCCGCAAGAAGCCGGGUGAAACGGCCAGACAGAGCCGGAAAGCUGAGCGGCAGACUUGCAGUCAAACAAGUGACGCUGACAAGAGGAGUAAAAAUAACAAACAAGAUGGGAACCUGGGGUCAAAGGUCGCCUCCACCCAGCCUGUUUGUGCUGAGGCCGUGCAGGGUGUGGUCUGUGCUGAGAUGGGACCUGAUGCUUCUGCUCCGAGUUGGACAGCCCCAGAGGAUCCAGCUGACAAAGCUGUGAGGGCCAAAGACAAAGUCCUCCUCAGGAUGCAGCAGUUUAAGCGAGCCAGUCCGCAGAAGAUGGUGCACAACAACAAAAGCCAGUCGUCAUCUCCACAGCACCAGAGACAAGACAGCCCUCUGCGCCCCAGCUCAGGCCCCCGGCCGGAGCCCCUGGACAGCGACGAGGCUCUGGCGCUGCGGCUGCAGCAGGAGUUGGACAGAGAGGCAGCCGAGGCCCGUCCUGUAGACUUGGAGGACGGAGGCCUCUUCUUCUGCCAGAUCUGCCAGAGAGACGUAUCCAACCUGACUCCUGAGGGACGCACACAGCACCUCAACAGAUGUUUGGAUGAGUGCGAGCAGAGUGGCCUGGCCCCUCCGCCCCCUUCUGGUGUCCCUGACUGUCCCAUCUGCGGGAUGAAGUUUAAGUCAAAGGGAAGCCGUUCGGCCCACCUGAAGCGCUGCUCCAGAGACAUGGGAGUCUCACCGGCUGCGUUGCUGCAGGCUGUGCAGAGACAGGCCGAAGAGAGCGCCCCCCCGACUAACGCACCCAUACCAACUGUGGGCACUAAAAGGAAAGGCCCAACCAAAGCAGGCUCUCAUACGAGGAAAAGGCUAAAAAAGAAGGCCGAGCCUCUGGAUGAAGAGACCAUGGUCGCCCUGGCUCUGUCGUCUUCCCUUCAGGAACAGAAGAUGGAGCACCAGGACCUGAGGGAAGCAGACAGAGGUGUGCCGACGGGCUCUGAGCCCUCUCAGAGCUCCACGACUCAUCAGCUGAAGUGGAGGACAGAUGCUGGUGCAGGCUCCAGGAGCGUGUCUCUGCUCUCCUCCUGCGCGGCCGGCCCCCCUCCCCCCCCCACCCCCACCCGGAGCCCCAGCGCCCUGCCCGCUUGGACCGGCGCUGCCCCCCUUUGGCUGAAAAGCACACUGCUGGACGGAGGCUCCGCUGGCCCGUCGGAGUUCUACGCUGCAGAGCUGAGGGGGUUCUUCACCCCUCCAGAGCCAAUCGACGGAGCUUCAUCAAGUGCGAGCGACGUGCCGCAGCCAUCCCCUCAGGCUGUGGGGGAGGGAGCCGUGGUUACAGGGACCAGGACCUCCAUCCUGCCAUCCUGCUCCCAGGCGGCCUCCGGCCCCUCCGCACCCUCCACUCCCGGCACAGGGCAGCUCCCGGUGCCCAGCCAGGCUCUCAGGGACCUGAUGGAGCUGGCUGAAGAUGGAAUGACCCUAACGCAAUAUGGAUAUUCCUCUAAAGACAAACGUCUGAGCGGCUUCAUUCAGGAGUCUGAGGACCAGUCUGAGCUCUGUGCCAGUGGCUUCCUGCUGGAAACGACCCAGAAAGCCUCCCAAAACACCCACAGCCAGACGGCUGAUCAGCCAAGAGAAGAGAGAGACGGUGGCAGCCACCUACCAGCUGCGCUGUCCCGGCUGGCAGCUGACAUGAGCAGCAUGGUGAACAACCCUCAGCUGAGUGAUGUGCAGCUUCAGGUGGACAGCGGAGAGGUCUUCUUUGCGCAUUCCUUCAUGGUGUACGCGCGCUGCCCCCUGCUGGCGGAAAUGGUGCAUGAAAGUGGAUUUGGGGUGCGGGAGGAAGGCGUGCCCGCCGCUCAGAGGGUGCUGCUGAGCGAGGUGCCGGGGGGGGCGGUGCUGGCUCUGCUGCAGUACCUCUACACCGCCCAGUGCUCCAUCCCAGCAUCCCUGCGGCCCCACGUCCUGGAGCUGGCCUGGAGAUUCGACUUAAACGAGCUGGAGCAGCUCUGUCAUCUCCACCUGGAGGAGGAGGCAGCGGCCGAAGGAGACGAAGAGCACGUCAUGGAUCGGGAGCAGAAUGCCGGCCACCAAACGGACCAGGCCUUCAUGGAGCUCCUCCGAUCCAUGUGGAAUGAAGACGACGAUGAUGAUGAUGAUGACGAGGGCGGGACUGACUCAGACGGAGGAGGGGGCGAGGGCAGACCGUCGGGAGCUGAUCGCCACGACGACGGGGUCACCCCGGGCGACAGGGACGUUUGCGAGGACCGCGUGAACGAGGCCGAGCUGGAGGAGAUCUACGAGUUUGCAGCCACGCAGAAAAAGAGGGAAGAGACAGACGGCGAGGAAGAGGAGGGGACGGGUGAGGAGGGAGGGGACGGAGACGCAGCCACGAGAGGCUUCGGCGAUAGAAACCUGGAGCCGGACCACAGCUUGGACCGCAGCUACAGCCGCCUCUUUUCAGACGGCAUCCCUGAGGCAGAAGACCCCCCCCCUUCGGCCUCUCCCUCCGAUCCACUCAGAACAUCCCCCUCUCACCCCAGGCAGCCGCGGCCCCUCCAUGAGCCAUCUGAACUGCGGGGCAGGUCUUUGCUUCAGUCAUCAGUUAGUGGGGCCAGUGACAUUUCCCUCUGCCCCCCGGCCGGAGUGUCCAGCCUGCCCAUGGCAGGACAGUCUCCAGGCCCAGAGGGGGGCCUCGAGGGGGCUGGAGACCAAAAACGAGACGCUUCGAAGCGAGAGAGCCAAGGUCCGCACAGUAUAUGCAUCCCCCUUUCUCCCGAUUCUCCCCGAAAGAGCGAGGAGCCCGAGCUCAUAGUUCUGUCCGAUUCGAGUGAGGACCUGGAAGCGGGCGUGGCCGUCCCGAGCUCUCACGGACCGGCCCCCCAGUCCCCAGACCCGCUGAGCUACACAGAGAUCCGGUCCAGGCAGAAUCAAACGCCCGAGGCGGUUGGUCCAAAGGGCAGGGGCUCCGGCGACUUGGGCUUAAGCCCCGGCGUGCCGGCGGACUGUUCCCCGGAGGUUUCCUGGCUGGUCCCCUCCACCCCGGUCCAGGCGGGGGUCAGCACGGCCAGCAGCUCCACCCAGACCAAAAGCUCCAUGCGCAGGACGCAGCUGUUCCCCAGAGGCCACCCCUCUCCCCCUUCCUCCUCCUCCUCCUUCUUUUUUCCACCCUCUGCUUUACCGCUCAAGAGUCAGAGGAACGUCCUAGAAAAAACUCGCCACGUCAGCGAGGGUGUAGAAGUCCUCGCCACCCUGACCCGCCAUCACUCCGCCCGGGUCUCCUCCACGCUGGAGACCCCUCCCCGACCGUACAGCAGCAGCACCCCCCUGCACACGGAGCCCCACUCUUCUCUCCUUCCCCCCGCCGCCUCCCCUCUCCGGGCCAGCGCGGGUGAGAGGAGUUCAUCCAGCCGCAGCAAGAGGAGGGCCUCCUCAGAAAGCUCAGAGAAGACGGAGCUCGGAAGCUUCCAUCUCUCCUCCAUGUCCAACAGUUCGGAUCCGGCCUCUUCCUCUUCUCAUGCUGGCGACGGAGACUCAAAGAGACGAGGCGAGUCCUCUGGUUCUGCUAACUCCAGCAGGACAGAGGCGAAAAACACGGGAGAAAAUAUAGAAACGAGUACCAACAAUCAGGCCACAUGUGGCGUCCAAGAGCAAGAUGAGGCAGAUGUUGGAGAGUCCAGUUUCCGGCAGAGUUUUGUGGACGAGCCCCCGAUCGCCUUCAACGACUCGUGGGGUCUGGACGCCUGCGCAGAGGCCAGUCCAGGCCUCCUCAGUCCGAGGUGGGAACCUGGUGCAGGAUCCCCGCUGCCCCAGAGAGGACCCCCCUCCCCCCCACCCCCGCCCGAGCCCAGCACACGCGCCACGCCAGAGAUCGACAGCCGCCUCCUGGACUCCAAAAUCUGGGACAGCUGGGAGGAGGAACAGGACCAGGACCAAGACCAGGAGGAGGAGGACGUUCCACUGUCCAGGAGGAUCCACUCCGCCGCUCAGCUCAAAACCCCAGUAUCAUUCAGGAAUAAGCGCCAGCAGUCCAUGGUGCCCAUCACUCCGAUGCCCCAUUACUCGGACAUGGACACGCCAGAGCUGAAGAACAAACUGGACAGGUUUGGCGUCCGGCCUCUGCCCAAGCGUCAGAUGGUCCUGAAGCUGAAGGAGAUCCACCAGUACACGCAUCAGCUGGCCAGCUCCGGCUCAGAGGACGAGGAGCCGGGCCAUAGGGGCGCUGCCCCCGCGUUCAAAGAGCCCGCGGCACCGGCCGGCUUUUCCCCCGCCAAGGACUCCCGGGAGGAGGAGGCGGAGCAGCUGAGUGCCUCCCAGAGCUCAAACGCCUCCUCAACCAUCAGCAGCGGAGAGUCCGAGAGGACCAACCCGGAGCGGCCGGCGUCUUCCGACGGCGAGUCGGACAGCGACGGCGGCGUGUCGUGCUCGCAGGCGGGGCAGCGGCUGCAGGAGCGCCUCCAGGCCGUGCGCUCCUUCAUCCUGUCGGACAGCCGGCUGUACGGCCAGAUCCUGCAGUUCCGGCCGCUGGUGCUGUCCCAGCUGCAGGCGCAGCUGCGGGCGGCCGGCGUCCGGCUGGGCGCCGCCCGCCUGGUGGACUACCUGGACUCCCAGUGCAUCACCUUCACCACGGCCAGGCCGGGCCAGCCGCCGCCCGGCCGCAGCCGCCGCCAGCGGGGCGCCAGGGCGGGCGGGGGGGGGGGGGGGGGGGGGGGCAGGAAGAAGGCCGGUUCCACCGCGUCUUGA